CACAAUUCGGUACAUAUAUCAAUACAGCUGCUACUCUCUUCUGGCACUCUGCCCAAGUAGCUAAUAUAAUGGCUACAGAAUUCACUCCCUCAGUAUACUCUCUUGUUUCCACGCCUCUUCCGUCAAAUUCGAGACCCUCAGCCACUCUCGACGAGCAAGCAGAAACCGAAGAUCUCAUCUCUCAAUUAUUCGACCUCACCGCUGACCCCAAUGCCCUCGUCUCGCAGCAUGGCAAAAUAUAUUCCGGUCUCAGGAAGCAAGAGCAUACCCAAUUUCUUGCCUCUACUUUCUUUCAAUUGCCGGGAAAGUUUGUGAGCCUCGAUGCUAGCCGACCAUGGUUAAUAUUCUGGACGGUGCAUUCUCUUGACCUCUUGGGCGUGGCUCUUGAUCAGGGAACAAAGGACAGGGUGGUGUCGACUUUGCUUCACUUCCUUUCGCCAAUGGGCGGUUUCGCUGGUGGCCCUGCCAAUUCUCAAAUCCCUCACCUGCUACCCACCUACGCUUCUGUCUGCUCUCUAGCCAUCACAGGUAACGACGGUCCGACAGGUGGUUGGAAGGAUCUUGCAGAUGCUAGACAGAGCCUAUAUGAGUUCUUUAUGAGGUGUAAGAGACCCGAUGGCGGCUUUGUCGUUUGUGAAGGGGGCGAAGUUGAUGUCCGAGGGACAUAUUGUCUGUUGGUGGUUGCUACUCUUCUUGACAUCAUUACACCGGAACUUUUACACAAUGUCGAUAAAUUUGUCUCUGCCUGCCAGACUUAUGAAGGCGGUUUCGCUUGCGCCUCUUUCCCGUUCCCUUCAGUUGUCCCGUCGACUUCUGCCCUUCCAACAUCGGAACCCUCUUGUAGAGUUUCUAUGGCAGAGGCACACGGUGGAUAUACUUCUUGUUCACUGAAUUCGCACUUCCUUCUUACCUCUGUACCUCUUCCUUCUUUCCCGUCAUCCAUUGAUGCCAGUGCAGCGCUUCGAUGGACUGUCCUUCAACAGGGAGAAGCUAUUGAAGGAGGAGGUUUCAGGGGACGGACAAACAAAUUGGUUGACGGUUGUUAUUCAUGGUGGGUUGGCGGUGGAGCCCCCGUAGCAGAAGAAUUAGUGAGGAGAGAAAAGAGCAAAAAAGUGAAAAAGUCGCGAGUUGAACUCAUUGAAGAAGAGGAGAAGGAAGGUGACUGGGAGGACGUUCCUCCUAUACCACCUACCUUCAACCGGGUCGCUUUGCAAGAGUUCACUCUUGUUGCAGCUCAGCAGGAUCCAGGUUCCACAGGUGGUCUUCGUGAUAAGCCCGGGAAACGUCCCGAUCAAUACCAUACUUGCAACAAUCUCUCGGGUCUUUCUAUCGCUCAGCAUAAGAUGAGCCAUUCUCCUUCCGCCGUGUCGUCUAAUCGUCUCAAAUUCGACGCAUCCAAGGGGCUUCCAGCCAUCGAACCUGUCGCUCCUGGGGGUGGGUGGAAGAAUGAGGAUGAGAGGCGCAACGCAAGGCGGGAGAUUUGGGCCAAUGCUCUUGGAUGGAUCGAGGAAGAAGGGGGAGAAAUAAUUGUGGGAGGAAGGGACAACCGUGUUAAUACGACGACCCCUGUCUUCAACAUCCUUGGGUUAAGGUUGAAGCCGUUCAUCAACUAUUUUUAUUGUCAAGAGAAUUGAACUCCGCAAUUGUAGAGGAAAAUCGUAUUAUCUUUGGGAACCAUGUAUGGUUAAAUUCUCAAAACCUUUAGUCUAUGGGCAAAACAGUUUUAGUAUAGAAAGGUUAAGUGCGCUUAGAGAACGGCAACAAAUAAUGGCAGCUUUAAAAACUGUUCGCAUGUGAGGAACGCCCAGAUAUAAGGGUGCUUUCUAAGCUCGAAAUACUUUUACAUCAUCUUUCAUAGGAUACAUUUCCACAGCUUUAAAGCUGAGCACGAUGCCUCUCCGCAC